AUGCAUCUGAUAACCGUUGUGUUAUCAGGAAUUUCACACUGGUGUUCUAAAACUCUUUUAAAUAUUGAUGUAGAUUGGGAUAUUCCAUUGAUUUUUUUUGGAGUUAUUGUUGGAUAUCCAGGAUCAAACAAAUCAACAGCAAUCACACUGACUGAGCGAGCAACGAGAGAUGUCGAACAGUAUCUGCAAAUAAAAAUUGAAAAUAGUCAUGUGAAUGGUUCAGCAACAAUAGAAAGUUUACUACAUGAACUAGAAAAAAAAACAUCUAUCAUUCAAGCUUUUGAUGAAUUCAAUACUUUUCAAUCAUCUUUCAGUCUUUAUCGGGCAGAUAAAGCAGCUUAUUAUCGUUCUAUUUUAAAUACAUUGUGGAACGGUCCAAAAUAUUAUUUCCGACAAUUAGUUAAAGGCGAUAUCAAAUGUGAAAAUCCUUGGUUAUCUGUUGUAGCAGCUGCACAUCCGGGUGCAAUAAUAAAUAUUUUAAAAGAAGAAAGUGAUCAGUUAGGUGAUGAUGGAUUAUUUGCUAGAUUCGUAUUCUCUGCACGUAUUUCGCCAGAAGAUAUUCAUAAACGUAGCAAACGUGAAAUCGACACAACAACUGGUGAAUAUACUAUAGAAUCAUCUAAUUAUCCAAGUCUUGCUCAUAUUAUGUAUUUUAUACAUUUGAUGCAUCAUAAUAAAUGUUUUACAUUAAAAAUUUCUCAAGAAGCAAAUGAAAUUCUUAUGCGUGCUCAUAAUGAAUAUAAUCAUAUGGUAGUUGGAUUUCAAGAUUCUCAAGAUGAACUUUGUACUUUAUUCUCAAAGUCGCGUGAUCAUUUAUAUCGUAUUCGUGGUUUACUACAUUUACUUCACCAAGCGUGUAUUUAUAUUUUAAAAGCUGAACCACGAUUAGAAUAUUUAGUGUUUGAUGAUGCUUCAGCAGAAUCGAUCGAGAAAAUGGCUAUGUUAGCACAACAAAAUAUCGAUGAAUAUCUUACUAUUUCAUCUGAUAUAGCUGAAACAACUCUUGAACUGAUGAAUUUCUAUGUUAAUACAAAAAAACUUUUGUAUGGAUUUCCUUUGAUAACUGUUCCGCCAUUAUUAGAAAUAAAUGUUGGUCCAUCUAUAUCUCAACAAAAUAAUACAACACAAGAAAAUAUUCAAAUAAAUAAUUCUUCUAUUAAUGUCAACAACAAUGACAAUGCAAGUGUGUUUAGUAACCAUACUCGUUUUUCAGAUUUAUCAUCGUCAAUUUGUCCGUUUAAUGGCUCAGUAGUUGAUGCAAGUAUUAAAAAAAUAUUAUUCUAUCCGUAUCGAAUAAUAUCAAGCUUUCGACUCGCUCAAAUUUUACGAUGUCCUGGAGUCAAUAGUGAGAAUAUCAAGAAAAUUUUUAUAUUCAUGGCCAAUUGUAAAAUGGGUACUUUUUCAAUUAAAAAACAAAAGAAGCGUGGUAAACCUCGUGUACUGUUUACUAAAGAUGAUAUUCCUGAAGAUAAAGAAUCAGAAAAAUAUAAAAUAAUGAUCGACUGUAUAAAUGAAUUUAAUAUUACAUCAGAAGAAUAUGGAAAAUAUAUGAAAAGUACAUCGGAAACUUCAACUGUAUCCAACAAUAAUAUCACUACAGUCAGCAAUCAAGAAUGA